ACUUAAAAUGCUUCCAUAAACUUGUAAAAUAGAUAUUUUAAUUAUAAUUAGCCAGAACUGCACAAAUUGUAAGGUCAUGUGAAUAUUUACAUUAAUCAAUGCAAGGUUUGUUAUUUUCUAUUGACCAAUAAUAUAAAUAUUUCAUGGGCUUUCGCGAUAAGCAGUAAGCUCAUGAGCUAAUGAAAAGUGUAUAAAAAUCACGACGCUAGUGUUUUAGAUUCAGUUUAUUUCUGUCAAAGUGUGCUGAAAGUUCUAACCAUUUUGCACCAUGAAGCUGCUGAUUCUCCUUUUUAUGUUCAUCGCCUUUGUAGCCAGUGCUAUGGCUCUAAAAAAUGAAAUAUGUGGUCUUCCCCAUUCCAUUGAUGGUGAUAUCGAACGCAAAAUCUCCUGCGAGGCAUAUUUCCCGAGUUGGUCUUACGAUGCUGGUAAUAAUAAGUGCGUGGAAUUCAUCUACGGAGGCUGUGGUGGCAAUGAAAACAGAUUUGGCUCCCAGAACAGUUGUGAAGAAAAAUGUUUGCAAUAAAUUUGUAUGAAAAGUAAAA